AUGCAUCAGGCCCUGACCAGAGUACAAGGUCUGAAAGGAUUUGGCCGACCUCCCCUCCGUGGCGCCGUGACAGACCCUACAAGAACAACCCAGGGUACUGUAACAAAGCCAGCUAAUCGGAGGGUUCCUUCGCGCAUCACGUUAUGGGACACCUUCAUUGACGAGCAGAUGAUGGUGUGGGAGAGACUCAAUGGUAAUCCGUCAUUUUUGACUGAAAAACUGUUUCCGUCGAAACAUCAGCUUGAGUAUGUCCGCCAGCUCAUCACCCCGAAUGUUAUCGGUCAGGACUCCGAUGAUGUUGAAUUCUGCUGUAGAAGGCUCGUUGUUGUUGUCACAACUCAGCUCUGCUCUUACAUGGUUCACAAAGGCGUGUGUUAUAGCUACAUAUGCACUGGAGAAGCCUUUAUCUUCAUUCACAUCCUGGAUGAUUCAUCUUCAGUUCAAUGUGCGCUUUGCAGACCAGAACUGAAUGUCAAGGUGACUGGUGAGAAUGAGCUACAGUUGACAGCUGCCACACAGGUUCUGGUGUUCACAAUCCAAGCAUUGAUCUCGCCAGCAGUACCCCAGGAGUGGCAUGAUGCUGCUGCAAGGUUUGAUGUUUGGCCAGUGAAGUAUUCUGAAAUACUAGAGCAGACUCCACCCGCUGCUCACUCAAAACAUGCAUCCCCCCUGUACUGUGGCAGACAACUCUGUAACCUUCCUCCCUUCGGGAUGAUGCUGUGA